AUGCGAAUCAGAAGGACUGGUUCUCUGGCUCGACGCUCGAAAAGUCUUCAGGGCUUGAAGGAGCUCGCGCUGGAUCGACCAGGAGGCCUUCGACUUCACGAACGCGGCGCUGUUCCAGGAGGAAGCUCAGCUGCUUUGGCGCGGUUGUCCUUUUCCACCUGCCAAGAUCUCAGCCUAGGGUCUACAUCGCGUUGGCUCCAUGGCCGCCGUCGGAGGGAAUUUCUCCUCCAAGAACUUGUAGAAGCCGAAGGCUGUCCGCCCGAAGUCCUCUUCUUCGGCGCCAUGUCCAAGUCCAGGUCCAAGAUGUGGUCCGAGCGCAUCAAGGAUGCAUACUUUCGGAAGGUGUUGCGGGCUAUUCCUGCCAGCAAGAGUGUCUUCUGCAUCAGAGAGUACACCUAG